UCCCAGAGCGAAGUUUUUGCGAAAUUUCAUCUGAAAAGCAGCAAUGGCUGCAGUGGAGAAGUCAAGUGUUGAUAAAAUGUCAUCUAGUAUGACCUCCAGUGUUACUGGAAUGGGGCUUGGUGGUAUUACAGGACUUGCUAACGCUUUGAAUGCACUAAGCUGCCAUUGUGAACAGCAAAUAACAAUCGGCGGAAUGCCUACCAACUAUGUCCCAGGAUUAUCCGCCAACUACAACAUAUCAAGCUUUUGUCAACGCCCGGGACAGACUCGUCGAUGGCCGAUGCAGCGAGCGGGACCUACAGCUCAGUUUCGUGUUGGGCGUUCUCCAAGCACAGGCUUGCAACGACGCCUUAAAUAUUCGCCACGCAAUAGCCCCAAUACUCAGUAUUCACAUACUUUGAUAUGCAAGUUAGCCGAUCAAAAUGAACGUCGUCGCCGCCAAGAUGCAAUGGAGCUCAUAUCACAGUGUUUUUAUUCGCAGCUGCCUCUCAAAGUCGAGCUUACAGAAUUCUAUUCGCGAGACAACUCGAAGGAACAUCACACCGAGCUUUAUGAUUUGGUUAACGAUAAUGUAUUUCCCAAUCCCGUUUUAAGAAGAGGGCAAAAGUUUUUGUUUGCUGUACGCUUUGAUAGGAUUUCAGAUAAGCAACUCGAUAUCAUACAUGUUGUUCUUUGCUGUGGUCCAAAACCCAGCGUUACGAAAGGUACAAGAAUUAUUUUACCGGUGCAAUGGGUUUCACCACCAACAAUAUUCCAUCACCCACGUGAUGUGAUUGGUUCCGGUAUUGGCAUGAGUGUGGGAUUACCUCGAAUGCAAUGCGACGUCAGCACAAUUACGACUACAGCUGUGGGAACUACUGCAUCAAUGAGUCCCGUGAGCAGUAUAAGGGAGACAAAUAACUAUAAUGUUCGACGUAGCUCGUUUGGAAAUGAUCCACCGCCUGUUCAGCCAAGUCCGCUUAGCCCUCAUGGAGGCGUUGAUAGACCCAUAUUAAAUGCAACACCUUCGGCCUAUGGUCGCUCUCAGCAAGGCUCCGUUCAAAACUUAACACCUUCUAUACCGGAAUCAGAAAAAUGGGAUAUUAGCAUCCACCGACAGGACGGGAAUACCAUAACAUUCCAAGUUACGAUUCCACCCACAGCUCCAGUUGGCUUAUGGAAUUGCUGGAUUCAGACGAGUCGUUUGGGUCAACGCGAUAACCGUCACGAUUAUAAAUGUGAUGAGGAUAUUUAUAUACUAUUUAAUCCGUGGAGUCGUGAAGACACAGUAUAUAUGGAGAACGAGGAAUCGAGGAAAGAAUACGUGUUGAAUGAUCAGGGAAAAUUAUGGUGUGGGACAUGGCAUCAGCCCAUUGGUCGUAAAUGGAUAUUUGGACAGUUUGAUGACGUGGUGCUUCCCGCUGCUAUAUAUCUCUUGGAGCGUAGUGGUUUGGAACAUUCGGAUCGAGGGAACCCAGUACGAAUUUGCAGAGCGAUUUCGUCUAUGAUAAACGCAAAUAGCGAUGACGAUGGUUUAAUGGUAGGUAGAUACGAUGGUGAAUACAAAGAUGGUGUAGCACCUCACGCGUGGACUGGAUCUGUUGCGAUUUUGGAACGAUUCCUAACAGACGGGGGACGCCCAGUUGAAUAUGGUCAGUGCUGGGUCUUCUCUGGGUUAGUUGUCACGAUUUGCAGAGCCUUAGGAAUCCCCUGCCGUUCUGUAACGAACUAUGUGUCAGCACAGGAUACGAACGGGACAUUUACAGUCGAUAAGUUUUUCGAUAAAGAGGGGAAUCUCGUACCAAAUGGACCGGAUGAGGAUUGCUAUGAUUCUUGUUGGAAUUUCCACGCUUGGAACGAUGUUUGGAUGCAAAGACCUGACCUUCCACAAGGUUAUGGCGGUUGGCAAAUUAUUGACGCUACUCCUCAAGAGGAAGCUGAUGCAGUGUUCCAGUGUGGUCCAGCGAGUUUGGAAGCUGUUCGAAAAGGGGAAGUAGGCUUUAAUUAUGAUACUGCCUUUGUCUAUUCUGAACUUAAUUCACAGCUGUGUCAUUAUCAAGAGGAAGAUGACUCCGAUUGGGGAUUUAUCAAAAUGGCUUCGAAUCAGCAACAGGUCGGUCGCAAAAUAGUAACGAAAAAUCCAAAUAUAGAAGACGAGGAAGGUGACAGUGAUUUACUUGAAAUAACCCAAGAAUAUAAACCUACAAAUGGUUCCGCGCCCGAUCGAUUGUCCGUUAUCGCUUCAAGUCGAGGCUUUCAACGUUUACAACAAAGUCAUGAAUCAAAUCAAAGUGACGAUGAUGUGACCUUUGACUUGAUGGAUAUUGAGACUGUGCCGUAUGGACAGCCCUUUGACUGCUCCAUGAACAUCCAGAAUAAAUCAACGGAAGAUCGUACGAUACUUUGUAUAUUGACCGCGUCUUCAUGUUAUUAUACGGGCGCAAUCGCCUCGCGUUUGAGACGAGCCCAGGGAGAGUUCAUUGUACGCGCAGGACAAAGGGAAAUACUGAAACUGCACGUGACGUCACAGGAAUAUAUGGAUAAAUUGGUAGAUCACUCGAUGAUAAAGGUCCAUGCUAUGGCGUAUGUCAAGCAGACACGCCAGGCCUGGUCCGAGGAAGAUGACUUUCCCUUGCACAAGCCGAAGCUGCAGAUACAGACCAGGGGACCGCUAACAGUAGGUCAAGAUGGCACACUGGUGUUUAGCUUUCAGAACCCGCUGACUGUUCACUUGACAGAUUGUUACUUUAGUUUUGAGGGUCCUGGGAUACAGAGACCGCGUCAGGCACGAUUCCGAGAUGUCAAACCUGGCGAGCUUGUCACGUACCAGGACAAGGUAUUGCCACGUCGCGAAGGAGAUAUUCACGUAGUAGGAACUUUCUCCUCACGCCAAAUUGAUGAGAUCUUCGGCAGUGCCGUUAUCAAUGUGAAGGGCUAGCUAGAACCAGGGCCCAGGGUACUGAACUUGGGCCCUACAAUACAUACAGUUCACAUCGACGUCGACUGUUCCUUCAGAUCUUAUUCAAUACCCGAGCCACAUAUAAAAGGAGAUACCCUAAUAAAAACUGUCUAAAGCAGUGACUCCCAAACUUUUGUGUUCCGUGCCCCAGUUGCUAAAAAUGCUUCCCGAAUCGAACAUAUUCUCUAAUAUAAAAAAAAAAUAUUUAGUGAGAAGUAAGAAACUCAAAUGGGUUUAUGAAGAAAUGUCUAGAAAAUUCUAAUAAAACUCAGUGAAUAAAUUAAAAAUAAAAACUGUCAAGAAGUGCAAUAAAAUGAUGAAAAUGCAAAAUCUUCGAAUAGCCCCCUCAACAAUCAAAUAGCCCCCCCCUACCCCCCUGAAAGACGUGGUCCCCACGUUGGGAAAUAUUGUGUCCAAAGUGUAAAUUUCAACGACUUGGCUAAGCUUAACGGUUAAUGAUAUGUAAAUGUUACAAAAAUCCUGUGAAUUUGUUCAGAAACACUAUUUAUUAUUUUAAUCUAGCAUAUUCUCUAAGCCAUGCCGCUUUAAUUAUAAUAAGAUAUCGAUAAAGGAUCAAAAUAUCUCACCCUCAAAAGUCAUGAAGUAGAAUUUCAUAAAAUAAUGUAUGUUAGUAUUUUAAUAUACUUUAUCGUUAAUUAGAAAUCGCAUUAUUUCAUCUCUAUUCAGUAAUUUUCAUGUGUUAUAAAUUCACCGGAUUUUUAUUACAUUUUAUACAAAGCACAUAUGAAGUUAAAAAUGUAAAAAAAAAUUGCACUAUGCGGGAAACGGUGUGGGUAGAAUUUAAGUGCCAUUUUGAUGCUGAUGUACAUCCUCCGGUGUUAUUUUAGUUGUAAGUUGUUAGCUGUGUUUAUUUAUCGUAAAAUUAAAAAAAAAUAGUCACGGUGUUUGUGUGUUUUUGAGAUCUCAAGAAUAUAUUCACUGCAUUAAU